GUGAUGCUGCUGGAAUGGUGGUCGGGGACGGAGUGCGUCAUCCACACGGACCCCCGGGCCUACCCCAAGUACGGGAAGGAAAACGCCAUCGUUGUUCUGAACCACAAGUUUGAGAUCGACUUUCUCUGCGGUUGGAGCCUGGCCGAGCGCUUCGGGGUCUUAGGGGGCUCCAAGGUCCUGGCCAAGAAGGAGCUGGCCUACGUCCCCAUAAUCGGCUGGAUGUGGUACUUCACGGAGAUGGUCUUCUGCACGCGCAGGUGGGAGCAGGACCGCAAGACCGUCUCUGAGAGCCUGCUGCACCUGCGGGACUACCCCGAGAAGUACUUCUUCCUGAUUCACUGCGAGGGCACGCGGUUCACGGAGAAGAAGCACCAGAUAAGCAUGCAGGUGGCCCAGGCCAAGGGGCUGCCCAGCCUCAAGCACCACCUGCUGCCUCGCACCAAGGGCUUCGCCAUCACCGUGAGGAGUUUGAGAAAUGUAGUUUCAGCUGUAUAUGACUGUACACUCAAUUUCAGAAAUAAUGAAAAUCCAACACUGCUGGGAGUCCUAAAUGGAAAGAAAUAUCACGCAGAUUUAUACGUUAGGCGGAUCCCUUUAGGAGAAGUCCCAGAAGAUGAGGACAGGUGCGCGGCCUGGCUGCACAAGCUCUACCAGGAGAAGGUCGGUGCGACGGGGUGGGCUCUGCACCAUCUAAGGGUCCUUUUCACGCGGCAGCUGUGGUGCUUUGGGACCUCCGGGAGUUGAUGGUGGCGCGUGAGCCUCUCCCACCGGGCGAGACCUCACGCCCUGGAUGUUAAUGACCCCAGAGCUGACGCUCUACUUGGCGACAGGGAAAAAAAAGUCGCAAAAUGUUUUUAAAGGGGCCUUCACAGAAAGAAUGGAAGACCAUUUCAUGGGUGUAGUGGACAAAAGAGGAAGUUACGGCCCCAAGAGCCCUUUGUCCAUUUUCCCGCCGCGGGUCUGAAGGCAGAAUAUUCUUGGGGGGUGUGGCUCUCUUUGGCAAUGAUGGCUCUGGGUCCACAGUGUGGUUGCCUGUCUGGUCUCUAAAGCAUCACCAGCGUGAGCAGGACGAAGGCCCACAAGGGUCCACCUGGGCCGCGUCUGACUCCUUCAGGAAUCCGAAUUA